GGGUGUUUAGGUGCUCUAGAUGGAACUCACAUUGAAGUAACAGUACCUGAGGUAGAUAAGACAAGAUAUCGAACAAGGAAGGGUCAAGUUGCUGUUAACGUACUAGGAGUUGUAGAUCGCAAUUUAAAUUUUGUCUAUGUUCUAUGUGGGUGGGAAGGUUCUGCCGCAGAUUGUCGGGUGUUACGUGAUGCGGUAAACCGACAGAAUGGUUUAAAAAUUCCACGAGGUAGUUUCUACCUUUGCGAUAAUGGUUAUACAAAUGGAGAUGGGUUCCUAACCCCUUACAAGGGUGUUCGGUAUCACUUAAAAGACUGGGGAGCCGGUAGAUUAUGUCCUCAAACACCGGAGGAGUUUUUCAACAUGUGUCGUUCUAAAGCAAGAAAUGGUGUUGAACGUAGUUUUGGGAUUUUAAAAAAAAGAUGGGCGAUCCUUCGUAGUUCGAGUUUCUACGACAUUAAAACUCAAAAUAGAUUAAUAAUGGCAUGCGUUCUCCUUCAUAAUUUCAUCCGACUUGAACUUCCUAUUGACCCGUUGGAGACAAAUGAUGAGGGAUCCGUCGACACUGCCAAUGUUGACGGGGACAAACCUCUCUUAAUUGAUGUUGUAGAGACUUCAAACGAAUGGUCUGAGUGGAGGGACAAGCUUGCUAAUGAAAU